AUGAAAUCUUUGGAAGUUGGAGAGAAAAUUGGUGAAACAGAGAGUGAGAAGAGAUCAUAUGACUUGAAGGAGGGAGACAAUGAUGAAGCAGAUUCAAGAGGAACUAACAAGAAUCUUGAGGAAAUUCUUUACGGAGUAGAAGAGGAACCUGGCUUCUAUGGAACUGAAAUCCCCGAAAUGGAAGCUAAUUUAAGUUUGUCUAUGAGUCUCUACUUUUAUGCGCCGUCUUUCAUUCACGAUGAAGAUAAAAAUCACAGCAAGGACAAUGACAGUAAUGGGAGCGAAGAUUCUUCACCAGAAAGUGAAGCACAAGAAGUCUCUAAAAAUCUGCAGAGAGCUCUGGAUGGAACCCUCUUAGCCGUAUUGGGAUUUCAUGUUAUGCUCGGGGUGAAAACAAGGUGCCAGGAUUGCAAAGAGACGCGAAGAUUUCUGCAUGGGAAUAGACUCCAGUAUGUUGAGAUCAUUAUUGAUGUGUAUCCUAGCAGGAAGCUAGAGCUAGAGAAGAUUGCUGGAUCUUAUGCUGUUCCUAGAGUGUCCUUUAAUGAACUUAUUGGUGGUUUGGCUGAGCUGAAGAGCUUGGAGGAGUCUGGUAAGCUUGAACAGAAGAUUGAGAUAGGUUUCACAAAUUGUGCAGGUUCACCAACUGUUUUCUGGGUUCAGAAGCUGUUGAUUCUGUCAGAUGAUCAAUAUUUAGAGAGAGAAGAGGAAAACGAGGAAAUGGAGCAGUCAGUAACUCAGCUACUACAGGAAGGGAGGAAAAGAAAGAAAAACAAGUUGUCACCAAGUGAAAUGAAAUCUUUGGAAGUUGGACAGAAAAUUGGUGAAACAGAGAGUGAGAAGAGAUCAUUUGACUUGAAGGAGGGAGAGAAUGAUGAAGCAGAUUCAAAAGGAACUAACAAGAAUCUUGAGGAAAUUCUUUACGGAGUAGAAGAGGAACCUGGCUUCUAUGGAACUGAAAUCCCUGAAAUGGAAGCUAAUUGA